AUGGAGUCAGAGUCGUUCGAUCACAUGGCUUGUCUCUUCAAGAUAAAUGAUGCCCCCUCGACAGGAUGGGAGAAAUCGUUGAGCAAGGUUUUGUCGACCAUGAAAGAUGUGAAUUUCACGAUAGAUCGAUGGAACAGAACGGUCUACGUACGAGGAAAAUUCGAUCCCCAAACAAUACUUCAAAAGAUUCGAGCAUCAUGUAACAAGCACACCGAUAUCCCUGUUCAACCAUCCUAUUACAACCCGUAUUGUCCACCGCCUCCUUGUACACGGCAGUUGCAUCCGCCCGAGCCGAUCUACGAAUACCACGUGUACGAUCCGCCGGCCCGGAGUUUCCCGCCGUCUCUUCCUCCCCCGAGGAACUUCGUCAUGGGCGAUUUACAAUGUGGUAUUAUGUAG